CCAGACGAGGGGGCGGAGCAAGAGGAGGAAGGAGAAGGCAGGAAGGAAGCCCAGAGAAGAGAGGUGAGGGCCAGGAAAAGAGACAUCCAGUAAGGAAGUAAGCUGAGUACACGCAACUAGAAGAGAAGCAAAGACAAGGUCAUCAUGGCUUCAUUACCUACCGAUGGAAACCAAGAUAAACCUCCCCAUUUGCUGCCACCAAACAAGCAGAGCCUGUUGUUUUGUCCAAAAUCAAAACUACACAUCCACAGAGGGGAGAUUUCAAAGAUCAUCCGAGAAUGCCAAGAAGAAAGUUUCUGGAAGAGAGAAUUUAUUUUCAUAUACUCCUUAGGCUAUUUAGCAGCUAACCCAAGAUUCGGAUCAUUGCCUAAAGUUGCACUUGCUGGUAUCUUGGGAUUUGGUAUUGGAAAGGCAUCAUACAUAAGAGUAUGCCAGAGUAAAUUCCAUUCCUUUGAUGAUCAGCUGCGUGGGGCUGGUUUUGGUCCAGGGCAUAACAGGCACUGCCUGCUUACCUGUGAGGAGUGCAAAAUUAAGCAUGGAUUAAGUGAGAAAGGAAGUUCCCAGCCGUCAGCUUCCUAAACUCUGUAUCUAUGGUUUUUGAAAUUUCUUAAAUCUCUGAAUUUAUACACAUUUAAAAUUUCAAGUGUAUUUUAAAAUAAUAUAGUGAAACAGAAACAUUGUGAUUCGCUUAUUCUAUUGAAAUACUUUUUGUGGAAGGUUCUUAAUUGAAUUUAAUAUUGUGUUUUUCUAAUAUUUAAGAACAUGUUGGGAGCAUUCACACACCAAAAAGAAAUUAUGUUAUGUUCUAACUUGCUCAUAGUUAAGUAAAAGAAUUGAAUCUUC